AUGAUAUUGAGGAAGCCAGGACUAUCGCUAGAGUGGGAAGAUCGAUUAUUGAAGAUGGAUUGUAGACUUGCGGAUUUCAUCACUUUCAGCGACUUCAAGAAAGAGUUCGACGAGAGGAACCGAAAACCCAUUCGGGGACGGAAGAGGAGAGAGGCAAAUCAGAUAUCGGAUGGUGAAAGUUUGGAAACUACCAAGAGACCUAGAAGAAGUACGACAAAUUACGGCAGUCGAUCAAAACCAUAG